AUGAUCUCCGAAACGGGUCUCUCGAACCCGGUCGACAGACUAUGUGCAAGAAUUUGCUGGUGGUUGGCAAUUUGGUGGUGGAACCCGCUGGCUGUCAUGAGACCCUCGGAAGUGGCCCCGGCGCCCUUGCACCGCGCACAAUCCUCCAACGAACGGCCAAACUCACUUGCUGCAGUGCCCAGGGCGACCAAUGCGUCUCUGUACGCGGCCGCGGUGCGGACCAGGUCGCGACAGCUGCCAAUUGUGUCAUUAAAGUCCUUUUUCGUGAUCAAGGUCUCGAGGUCGAGCGUGGAGGGGGUCAUUGACGGCUGCGACGACAAAAACGAGUCGGACCGCAGCUUCUGCGAGUGGAUAUUCUGGUGCACUUCCUCCAGCGACAUGCCAGCAAAGUCGAACAGCGAGUUGCUUGUGGAGACGUUCGGAACGUCGCUCUGGAGCGUCGAGGUGUCCAAUUGGGCCGGCGAGUCGCCUUGGCCGUCCACAAACGAAUAA